UCUGGGUAGAGAAGUUGCUCCUACUCCAUCUAGCUCCUUUCUCCCCUUCCAGGUGGCCAGUGAUGUGAAGGGCUUAUAUGAGACCCAAAAGAAGGAAAACCACGUGGCUGGGAAAAAAAGAGAGAUGGCAAGAAAUAAAUUGAAAAAAUUCACUACUUUGGAGAUUAUCCUUAGUGUCCUUCUGCUUGCAGUGUUCAUCAUCGCUGUUGUUUUAAUUGUGCUUUUAGCAACAGGUUCUACGGAAUCAAAAGCCCCAGAUCCUGGGACCACAAGUAUCACCCCUAAUUCUACUGAAUGCCCAGUGGUAACUGAAUCUGAACGGAUAAACUGUAUCCCUGACCAGCCACCAACAAAGGCUACAUGUGACCUGCGUGGCUGCUGUUGGGAAGCUCAGGAAACCAUAGGUAUUCCUUGGUGCUACUAUUCUAAGAAUCAUGGCUACCAAGUGCAGGGGGAUCCUGUAAACACAAAUGCAGGAUUCACAGCGCAGUUGAAAACUCUGCCUUCUUCAUCCCCAUUUGGAAAUGAUGUUGACAACGUUCUUCUCACAGCCGAAUACCAGACAUCCAACCGUUUCCACUUUAAGUUGACUGACCAAACCAAGGACAGGUAUGAAGUGCCUCAUGAACAUGUACAACCCUUUAAUGGAAAUGCUGCUGCUUCCUUGAACUAUGAAGUUGAGGUCUCUAAACAGCCAUUUAGCAUCAAAGUGACCAGAAGAAGCAACAAUCGUGUUCUGUUUGACUCAAGCAUCGGGCCCCUCCUGUUUGCGGAUCAGUUCCUGCAGCUCUCCAUCCGCCUGCCUAGUGCUAAUGUGUAUGGUCUGGGAGAACAUGUGCACCAACAAUACCGGCAUGACAUGAAUUGGAAGACCUGGCCCAUAUUUACCAGGGACACAACCCCCAAUAAGGAUGGAAAUAACUUGUAUGGUGCUCAGACAUUUUUCCUGUGCCUUGAAGAUGCUAGUGGAUUAUCCUUUGGGGUGUUUCUGAUGAACAGCAAUGCCAUGGAGGUCACCCUCCAGCCUGCCCCAGCAAUCACUUACCGUACCAUUGGGGGCAUUCUUGACUUCUAUGUGUUCCUGGGAAACACACCAGAGCAAGUUGUUCAAGAAUAUCUAGAGCUUAUUGGACGGCCAGCUCUACCUUCAUACUGGGCACUUGGAUUCCACCUCAGCAGGUAUGAGUAUGGAACCCUAGAAAACAUGAAAGAAGUCUGGAAGAGAAACCGGGCAGCACAACUCCCUUAUGAUGUUCAACAUGGCGAUAUUGAUUAUAUGGAUGAGAGGAGGGACUUCACGUAUGACCCAGUGGAUUUUAACGGCUUUCCUGAGUUUAUUAAGGAGUUACACAAUAACGGACAGAAAUUUGUUAUCAUUGUGGAUCCAGCCAUCUCCAACAACUCUUCCCAGAGCCAUCCCUAUGGCCCAUAUGACAGGGGCUCUGCUAUGAAGAUAUGGGUGAAUAGUUCAGAUGGAGUGAAUCCACUCAUUGGGGAGGUAUGGCCUGGUAAAACUGUGUUUCCUGAUUACACCAAUCCCAACUGUGCUGUUUGGUGGACAAAGGAAUUUGAGCUUUUCCACAGUGAAGUGGAGUUUGAUGGAAUCUGGAUUGAUAUGAAUGAAGUCUCCAACUUUGUUGAUGGUUCAGUUUCAGGAUGUUCCAAAAACAACCUCAAUUAUCCCCCCUUCACUCCAAGAGUCCUGGAUGGGUAUCUCUUCUCCAAGAGUCUCUGCAUGGAUGCAGUACAGCACUGGGGCAAGCAGUAUGAUGUCCACAACCUGUAUGGCUACUCCAUGGCGAUCGCCACAGCAGAAGCUGUCAAGACGGUGUUCCCUAAUAAGAGAAGCCUCAUCAUAACCCGUUCUACCUUUGCGGGGUCUGGCAAGUUUGCAGCGCAUUGGUUAGGAGACAAUGCAGCCACCUGGAAUGACCUUCAGUGGUCCAUCCCUGGCAUGCUUGAGUUCAACCUUUUUGGUAUUCCAAUGGUGGGUGCAGACAUAUGUGGCUUUGCAUUGGAUGCCCCUGAGGAGCUCUGCAGGCGGUGGAUGCAGCUGGGAGCAUUUUAUCCAUUUUCCAGAAAUCACAAUGACCGAGAAUACAAGGACCAGGAUCCUGCCUCCUUUGGAGCUGACUCCUUGCUGAUGAAUUCGUCCAGGCACUACCUUAACAUUCGCUAUACUUUAUUGCCUUACCUGUACACUCUCUUCUACUAUGCUCACAGCCGAGGGGACACAGUGGCCAGACCUCUUCUACAUGAGUUCUACCAGGACAGUGAAACUUGGGAUGUGCACCGGCAGUUUUUAUGGGGCCCAGGUCUCCUCAUCACUCCAGUUCUGGAUGAGGGUGCAGAGAAAGUAACGGCAUAUGUGCCUGAUGCCAUCUGGUAUGACUAUGAAACUGGGGCCCAGUUGAGAUGGAGGAAGCAAAAAGUUGAGAUGGAAAUUCCUAGAGACAAAAUCGGACUUCACCUUCGAGGAGGCUAUAUCUUCCCCACACAGCAGCCAAGUACGACGACUAUGGCCAGUCGACGGAACCCUCUUGGUCUCAUUAUUGCCCUGGAUGAGAACAAAGAAGCAACAGGAAAACUUUUCUGGGAUGACGGGGAAACCAAAGAUAAAGUUAUAGUGGACACAAAGAGAGCAGAGUUAGAACAGGAAUCCAGUUCUGUUGGAGUCCCUCAUUGUUAUUUUGUCAAUGAUCUGUACUCUGUGAGCAAUGUCCAGUACAACUCCCAUGGGGCCACGGCUGACAUCUCCUUAAAGCCUUCUGUUUAUGCCAACACCUUCCCCUCCACACCUGUGAAUCCCCUCCACCUGCAGGUGACCUACCAUAAGGAUGAAAUGCUGCAAUUUAAGAUUUAUGAUCCCAACAAUAGUCGGUAUGAAGUCCCAGUCCCCCUGAACAUUCCCAGGGCUCCAUCCAGCACCUCCGAGAAUCGACUCUAUGAUGUCCUCAUUAAGGAGAAUCCAUUUGGAAUUGAAAUUCGCCGGAAGAGUACAGGCACUGUAAUUUGGGACUCUCAGCUCCUUGGCUUCACCUUCAAUGACAUGUUCAUCCGCAUCUCCACCCGCCUGCCCUCCAAGUACAUCUAUGGCUUUGGGGAAAAUGAGCACACAGCCUUCAGGAGAGACUUGAACUGGCACACGUGGGGCAUGUUUUCCAGAGAUGAACCCCCCGGGUACAAGAAGAAUUCCUAUGGCGUCCACCCCUACUACAUGGGACUAGAGGAGGACGGCAGUGCCCAUGGAGUUCUCCUGCUGAACAGCAAUGCCAUGGAUGUGACUUUCCAGCCCACACCUGCUCUGACAUAUCGUACCACAGGGGGAAUUCUGGAUUUUUAUGUGUUCUUGGGGCCAACUCCAGAGCUUGUCACUCAACAGUACACAGAGGUGAUUGGCCGACCUGUGAUGGUACCUUACUGGUCUCUGGGGUUCCAGCUGUGUCGAUAUGGAUAUGAGAAUGAUUCUGAGAUUUCCAGCUUGUAUGAUGAGAUGGUGGCUGCCCAGAUCCCCUAUGAUGUGCAGUACUCAGACAUUGACUACAUGGAGCGCCAGCUGGACUUUACCCUCAGCCCCAAGUUUGCUGGGUUUCCAGCCCUGAUCAAUCGCAUGAGGGCUGAUGGGAUGCGGGUCAUCCUCAUCCUGGACCCAGCCAUUUCUGGCAAUGAGACAAAGCCCUACCCUGCCUUCACUCGGGGAGUGGAGGAUGAUGUCUUCAUCAAAUAUCCAAAUGGUGGAGGCAUUGUCUGGGGAAAGGUGUGGCCUGAUUACCCUGAUAUUGUUGUUAACAGCUCUCUAGACUGGGACAGUCAAUUGGAGGAAUACCGAGCUUAUGUGGCCUUCCCAGACUUUUUCCGUACUUCAACUGCCUUGUGGUGGAAGAGAGAAAUUGCAGAACUGUACAAUAAUCCAGAGAAUCCAGAGAGGAGCUUGAAGUUUGAUGGCAUGUGGAUUGAUAUGAAUGAACCAGCGAGCUUUGUGAAUGGGGCUGUUCCUGCAGGCUGCAGUGAUGCCAGUCUGAACCGUCCUCCCUACAUGCCACAUCUGGAGUCCAGGGACCGGGGCCUAAGCAGCAAGACCCUGUGCAUGGAGAGUGAGCAGAUCCUUCCAGAUGGCUCCCGCGUGCGACACUAUGAUGUGCACAGCCUGUAUGGGUGGUCCCAGACCAGACCCACAUAUGAAGCUGUGCAGGAGGUGACUGGACAACGAGGGAUCGUCAUCACCCGCUCCACAUUCCCCUCCUCUGGCCGCUGGGGAGGACACUGGCUGGGAGACAACACUGCCGCAUGGGACCAGCUGAAGAAAUCUAUCAUUGGCAUGAUGGAGUUCAGCCUCUUUGGCAUCUCCUAUACGGGAGCAGAUAUCUGUGGGUUCUUCCAAGAUGCUGAGUAUGAGAUGUGUGCUCGCUGGAUGCAGCUGGGAGCCUUUUACCCCUUCUCCAGGAACCACAACACCAUUGGCACCAGGAGACAAGACCCUGUGUCCUGGGAUGCUGCCUUUGUGAAUAUUUCCAGGAGUGUGAUGGAGACCCGAUACACCCUGUUGCCAUAUCUGUACACCUUGAUGUUCAAGGCCCACACGGAGGGCAGCACUGUGGUGCGGCCUCUUCUGCAUGAAUUUGUGUCAGACCAGGUGACAUGGGACAUAGAUGAUCAGUUCCUGCUGGGUCCAGCCUUCCUAGUCAGCCCUGUGCUGCAGGCUAAUGCCAGAAAUGUCACUGCUUAUUUCCCAGAAGCCCGCUGGUAUGAUUACUACACGGGUGUGGAUAUUAAUGCAAGGGGAAUGUGGAAGGACUUGGCAGCCCCUCUUGACCACAUUAACCUUCAUGUCCGUGGGGGCUACAUCCUGCCCUGGCAGGAGCCUGCACUGAACACACACUUGAGCCGCCAGAAAUUCAUGGGCUUCAAGGUUGCUUUGGAUGAUGAGGGAUCUGCUGAGGGCUGGCUCUUUUGGGAUGAUGGGCAAAGCAUUGAUACCAUUGAAAAUGGAUUAUAUUAUUUGGCCCACUUUUCUGCCAGCCAGAAUACAAUGCAGAGUCAUGUAAUUUUUAACAAUUAUGUUGUUGCUACAAACCCAUUGAAAUUGGGCUACAUUGAAAUCUGGGGUGUGGGCAGUGUCUCUGUUUCCAGUGUGAGCAUCACUUUGAGGAACGGGAAUGAAAUACCCCCCUUCACCUACAACUCUACAACACAGGUGUUAAAAAUUGAUGUGACCAGCAAAAGCAUCAGCCUACAUGAUUUCCUUUCAUUGACAUGGAAAAGCUCUCCAUAAAUUUUUAGAGCAAGAUCCUAACUUUGAACAAUUCUGAAGAUACUUAUACUUCAUACCCAUAAAAUUAUUGUGCAUUGUUAUUGAUUCUUGCCCAGUAUGGAUAAGAUAUUUUAUUGAUUUGAUCAUGUUUUGUCUGUGAAUCCUAAACAUUAAAUUUUAGCUCUGUGCGAUAGACAGUAGAGAGGUGUGGAAAAUCUAUGGAUUCUCUUAACAUGUGUGAUUAUAUGGUACAGAUGAUUCAUCAUAUGAGGAUGAACUAGUCCCAUGCAGUGUGUGUAUGUGUGUGUGUCUGUGUAUGUAAUUAUGGAAUGGGCCCUAUUUUCUUGCUAUGGACAUAGAAAAAACUUGUCAUGACAUUUCCUGGUCUUGAAGCUAAGCAGUACCUCAAGAAAGCAUUCAUAAAGAGCAUCUGCAAGUUGCUUAUAGGGAGAGGGGAAAAAUAUGCUAAGAACAUGAUGUAAGAGAGGAAACCAUAUCCACUCAGGAAGACCAUAAAGACAAAAGCAUUUAUUUACCUUACACUUUUGACAUCUUCUGUUAACAAUAGGGAAAUAAAAUAUAGGUACAAGAUAAGCAGGGAAGAUUUGAGGCCACAAAAGAUGAUGACAAAAGUGAUCACAAAUUGUCAGGAAUAGUGGCCUCACGGGGAAGGGAAAAGAAGAGUCAACUCAUUUGAAAGAGAGCAGUGAAGGAGUUUGGGUAUGAAAGGUAAUUUAUUUUCAAACUAGUGUGCUUUGAAGAAAUGUAUAAAUCAUGUGUGUCCACCUUGCCUAAUAUGUGUAACCACAAUUCACACAAACACAUGCAAUCUAUGUGUCACAGAAAAAUAAAAGAAGUGAAUUUGAAAAAGA